AUGUCAANGAAAGCAAAUUGCACAGUGUGUCCCUUGUCCAACUACUUUAAGUGUGAAGGUGGGAAAUGUGUCCUUCCACAAUGGCAAUGUGACGGUGAUGAAGAUUGCGACGAUGGUUCAGAUGAGGACGACUGCAUGAACAAAGACUGUUACAACCCUGUGGACUUGAAGUGUGGAAGCAGUGGACAAUGCAUCCCCUCAAUCUGGCAAUGUGAUGGUGAGGAACACUGUGAAGACGGUUCAGAUGAGGACAACUGCUGGAGCGAAGUGUGUGAUCUUCCCGCCUUCAGGUGUCAAGGUAGUGGAGCAUGUAUCCCUUCAGUUGGGCUAUAAUGGCAUUGUGACGGUGUGACUGAUUGCCACGAUGGUUCAGAUGAGGAAAGCUGCACAGCCGAUGAUUGUCCCUUGCCCAAGUUUUUCUGUGAACGCCGCGGUUACUGCAUCGAUGGUACAAUGCGCUGCGAUGGCGUCGGUGACUGUUACGACGAGUCGGAUGAGAGUGGCUGCGGUAAGCUCACUUUCUAG